GCCGCUUUUUCAUAUCUUUGAUGAUAAACUCUCUUUUGUCUGACCAAAUCGUGUCACAUCUCCUUCUUCACCACUUUACCAAAUCGUGUCCAAUUUUUUCGUAUUUGAUCAAAUUCUAGAAUCUGAGGUCUUCUCGAUACCUUUGAAUCACAUCUUUGAUCCAAAUCGAAUUUUGUGUUUUGCUUCUCCUCUCGAAUUCUCAAAGUCUCACACCACCUAUGAAAGAAGACAUGGAAGUAUUAUCGCUCGCUUCACUACCGGUAGGGUUCAGAUUUAGUCCAACAGACGAAGAGUUAGUUCGUUACUAUCUCCGACUCAAGAUCAACGGUCACGAUGACGACGUCAGAGUAAUCCGUGAGAUCGAUAUCUGCAAAUGGGAGCCUUGGGAUUUACCUGAUUUUUCUGUUGUGAAGACAACAGACGCAGAGUGGCUCUUCUUUUGUCCAUUAGACCGCAAGUAUCCGAGUGGAAGUAGGAUGAAUCGAGCUACUGUGGCUGGUUACUGGAAGGCGACGGGAAAAGAUCGUAAGAUCAAAUCAGGAAAGACUAAGAUUAUAGGUGUUAAGAGGACUCUAGUCUUCUAUACAGGUCGUGCUCCUAAAGGGACACGAACUUGUUGGAUUAUGCAUGAGUACCGCGCUACCGAGAAGGAUCUUGAUGGAACAAAGUCUGGCCAGAAUCCAUUUGUUGUUUGUAAGUUGUUUAAGAAGCAAGAUAUUGUGAAUGGAGCUGCGUUAGAAGAGUCGAAGUCAUGUGAAGUUGAACCAGCGGUCUCGUCUCCAACUGUUGUGGAUGAGAUGAAAUCUGAGGUUGAAAUGUCUGAGGUAUCUCCGGUUAUAGAAGACACAAAGCCUUGUGACGUCGCUGAAUCUUCUCUUGUAGUCUCCAGUGAAUGUCGUAGCGAAAACUCUGCCCCUGAGGUUACAACCACCGGGCUUGACGAUAUCGAUUGGCUCUCAUUUAUGGAGUUUGAUUCCGUGAAUCAGAAUCUGUUCUCUCCGUUGCCCUCUCAGGUGCAAUCUGAGCUUUGUUCCUCUUUCAAUGGUUUUCAAUCUGGAACAAGCCAACUGUUCAAUGAGGAUCACAUUCAGACUCAGUAUGGUACAAAUGAUGCCGAUGAAUAUAUGUCCAAGUUCUUGGAUUCUCUUCUUGAGAUACCCUAUGAGCUCCCAGGGAGGAAAGAGUUCGUGCAACAGACGCCAGAACAGAUCCCAUACGAGCCACAGAAUCUUACCACAUGCAACAAGAUCAAUGAUGUAACUGAGACAGGAAUUAAGAUUAGAGCUCGACGAGCACAAGCAUCGGGUUGUGCUGAGCAGUUUGUAAUGCAGGGCGAUGCCUCAAGAAGGUUGCGUCUUCAGGUUAACCGUAACAGCCACAAGUCAGAAACCGACAGUACACAACUCCUAUGUAUCAAGAAAGAGGUUAAGGACACAACAACGGAAACUAUAGCGAAAGGAUGUGGAAAUUUCACCAGAUCAAAGAGCAGGACUAGUGUCAUAUUCAGGAAAAUUGCAGCUAUGGGAUGUUCAUACAGAGGGCUUUUCAGAGCAGGCGUGGUAGCGGCUGUGUUUGUGAUGUCGGUUUGCAGUCUGGUCGCAUAAAUCCGCUGGAUGUGAUGUUUGUUCGACCCUUGGUAUGGUGAGGAUAAAGAAAGUGGUUUUCACUUGGAUUUGUGUGUAUAAUAGGGGUCUUGGCCUGGUUCUGCGUCUGUUGUUGUUUUUGUUGGCUUAGCUUAAUUAAGGCCGGUUUAGGAGUGUAGUAGACUUGUAGUUAUUAACAUGUAACGAUUACAGAGGGUAAUGUUUAGAAUUUUAUGCCUGACCACAUGUAUCUUGAGAUUGCAUUGUGGCCAGUACCGAAUUUUAAUGUGAAUCGUUUUCGACGUUUUCUGCUC